AGGAGGCUGCUGGGGUGAGGUCUUCCUGGGGAGAAACUGAGGCACGGGGACGGCCGUGCCCCUGGGCCCCUGCAUGGCUGCAUGCCUGACCCGCCCCAUCCCAUGCUACAGUGUCUGCCCCCCCUCACAAAGGAGGCUGCUGGGGUGAGGUCUCCCUGGGGGGAAACUGAGGCAGGGGGGCUGGCUUGCCAUGAGAUCCCUUGCAUGGGUGCAUGGGACACCCACACACACACACAGGAGGCUGCUGCUGGGGUCUCCCUGCUGGGGAAACUGAGGCAGGGGGGCUGGCGGGCCCCUGCACGGCUGCACGCCCCCCCCCGGGGGCUGCCCUCGUGCCACGCAUCAGGCCGGCGCCGCCCGCUGCCAAUCGGGGCGGGGGGUGGGUCCGGCCGCGCCGCCCUGCCCUAUAAAGCGGCGGCGGGGCCGGGCCCGGCAGCUCCGCGCCGCAGGACCAUGGCCAGCGCCCGCCUCUGCCUGCUCGGCCUCGGCUGCUGCCUGCUGUGCGCGCUGGGCGCGGGCGACGACGGGCUGGAGGUGCGGGCGGCCGAGAGCCUGGCCCCCAAGAGCCAGGAGGAGAAGGAGCUGAUCGUGGCCCUGCAGGAGGUGCUGGAGAAGCUGAAGAGCAAGCGCCUGCCCUCGGUGGAGAAGAAGCUGGGCUGGGUGCCCUCGUGUGACGCCGGCGAGCAGUGCGCCGUCAGGAAAGGUGCCCGCAUCGGGAAGCUCUGCAACUGCCCCCGUGGCACGGCCUGCAACUUCUACAUCCUCAAGUGCCUGUGAAGGCCCGGGCCGGGGGAAGAGAGCCAUGCGGGGGCUCCCAGUCCUGUCCUGUCCUGUCCUGCCCUUCUGGGGGCUCCCAGGAGGGGUCUUUGGUUUGUUGUGUGCUCUGGGAAACAUCUCCCCGUCCCCCCUUCCAGCACCCUGGGAGCUCCGGCUGGAAGGAGCACCCUCCACGAAGCCCAUCCCAGCCCGUCCUCGCUGCCCCGGGGGGCAAGAAGCAGCCGGUUCCCAAAGGCACUGGGCUGCUGGCAUCGUGGGGCCUCAGUACCACCCUCAGCUUGGCUCUUUGGCCCGUCUCCCUUCCCCGGGGCCAGAGAUGCAGCAGAGGCAGUCCCCCACCCUCCCGUCAGCCUGGCCCCCAAGGCUGCUCUGACUCGAGCUAAUUAGCGGCAGUCCCCAAGGUGCCAUCCAGGGAUGUCAGGAAGCCACUGGUGCAGGUGGGGGUGGGAAUCUCCCCAUCUCACUGCCCCCCGCGUUUCCAGCCUGCACCACGAGGGAGCUCUGCCGUGCCCGUUCAGACCGUGUGCCCCCUUGGAUGGGGCUUCGGCCAUGCUCGUGGCGCCCAGCGCAGCAAAGCUGUGGUCCUGCUGGAGCCUCCUGCCUCCUGUACCGCAGCACAAUCACUUCCAAAUAAAGCCUGUUUCCCCACUGGCA